AUUAUUAUUACAUUUGAUGAGUUUUGUCGGAUUAGUUGAUCUACUUCUCCUAAUAAAUAUAUUGGUUUCUCAUUAAUGACUGUAGAGAGGUAAUCAUUGAAUUUGAUAAUAUGGGUUGUUUUCCAUUUUUUGGAUCAUCCAACAAAAAUGCUGACUUCGUUUACUCCACAAGGAUUUUCCCAGAUAGAUAUAAGUUUGCUCCAAACGAUAAGUCACUACAGAAUAUUAAAGCACCUAAAUUUACAUUGGAAGAGCUUGAAGCUGCUACCAAGAAUUUUGGUCCAGAAUGUUUAUUAGGUGAAGGAACUUUGGGGCGUGUAUUCGAAACUCACCUUGAUAGCAUUAACAAAGUAGUUGCUGUGAAACAACUUGACCCAAAUAACUUCAAAGGAAAUAGAGAAUUUUUGGUGAAGGUUCUGAGGCUAAGCCUCUUACAUGACAAAAAUCUAGUGAACUUGAUUGGUUACUGUGCUGAUAACAAUCAAAGGUUACUAGUUCAGGAGUUUAUGCCAUUUGGGUCAUUAAAGAGUCAUAUAAACAAGAUGCCACUAGAUUGGAACAAAAGGAUAAAAAUAGCAUUUGAAGUAGCAAUGGGUUUGGAUUACUUGCAUAACAAGACAUCUCCCCCUUUAGUACAUGGAGACUUAAAAGCAUCCAAUGUUCUCUUAGAUGAAGAUUAUAGUGUCAAGUUAUCAGAUUUUGGGUUAGCAAAACUUGGACCAGAAGAUGAAAAUGGACCGAAUCGAUUCACGGGAACAAUUGGUUAUUGUGCCCCUGAAUUUGUUAUCACAGGAGAAACAACUAUGAUGUCUGAUGUAUACAGCUUUGGAGUAAUCUUCCUUCAACUUAUCUCAGGAAGAGAGGCUUUUGAUCUAACACGUCCCAUCCAUGAGAGAAAUAUUGUUGUAUGGGCACAAUCUCUUUUGGGCAACCGUAAGAACUUCAGCAAAAUAGUUGACCCUCUACUGAAAGGUUAUCCAUUGCGAGGAUUUCAUCGAGCACUUGCCAUUAUAGGAAUGUGUUUGGUAAAAGAACCUUCUAAAAGGCCUGUCAUUGGUGAUAUUGUGGUUGCUCUUACAUUGGAGUUCAACAUGAAGUAUAAUGACCAAAUUGAUCAUUCUGAUCCUCAUUAUGAGAAGACUAGAAUAGUAGCCCCACAUAGGAAGAUGUAUUAUGAUUGAGUUAUAUUAGAGAUUAAUUUCAGUAGGGUCAUAUAAAAACAUCUAAAUAAUCUUCCUCUUCAUUCAGAACCAAACAUAUGAAAAAUUAGCAUGCUCAUAUUGCAGGGCCCCCAAGGUAAUGUUUUUUGUAAUGUGUGCUAUAAGAUGGCAACUCCUCGCUUUAUCCUUCUAAAUUUUGAUUAAAAAAU